UCGACACUGGCAGCCCAGAGAGACACCAUCAGAUUGUUUUUUCUUCUUUGAAAUACUACUUCCCCGUUUUCCGAAUCUGACGAGAGACGUCAUACUAAAUACAUCCUGGCGAUGGCAUCCCGAGGGGCAACGCUCUCGGUGUACUGCCAUACUUGUCUGCGCAGUGCACUCCGCAGCGCCAGCACCCCCAGCAGCUCCGGCCCAAAACAUGCUGCGGCAUUACAGAUCCCACCCGCGUCGAGAAGGUCACUACGGGCAAUGAAGAGCACGAGCUUGUCGUUCCACAGAACGGCGUCGACCGACCAGAAACCCGUCGUCCUCGAACAGCCGGACAAGUUUCGACCGCCGUCGCACCCUUCGAGAUUGAAUGCCCGCCGGAGGACGACUACGACGUCGUUGGGUGGCGUGGGCGGUGGUUACAACCAGGGCACGACGGAACAAGAGAAGGAACGACAAAAGACGAGGACGUAUCCUCACAUGUUUCCUGAAAAGGGAUCAUUUAUGCAUUGGUUCUUAACGGACCGAUGGAUUCAUAUUUGGAUCACAAUGGGAACCUUGACCAUCCUCGCCGGCAUCACACUCACACAGACCUUUGUCAAGACCUCCCCUUACGCUCACCUCCUCCCCCCCGUCUCGACCUUGCCUUUUCACCCGCUGGACUACCUGCGGGAAUACAUGGCCGUGGUCCGGCUCCACAUCGACUACACGACCGCACAAGCCAACGAGAGCCGACAGCAAAAGAUCCUCGACGCCCAGAAGCGCCGUUUGUACCGCCGCGCCCACGGCAUGGAGGACCUCGACGCCCGCGAGGAACAAGGCAUCGACGUGAGAGGGUUGGUCCCCUGGGACGACGGCCUGACCAACGCCGAGCGCGAGCGAGGCGGCAGGGAGGACGCCGUCACCGGGCGGGACGUGCUCGCAAAGGGAGGUCAGCUCGGUGACGACGUGGACGAGUUUGCCAGAAGGAUGAGGGAGAGGAAGGAACGCGGCGAGCCCGAGGAGGAGGAGGAGCAGCAGCAGCAGCAGCCCGAAAGGCGGAAGAGAAAGCUCUGGUUGGGCAUUUGGUAGAAAAGUAGAAAAAAAACACAAAGCAUAUUUUCUCAUUUCAGAUAAUCACCACGGCCAGAAAAAAAAAUGGAUCAAGAACAAAACAAAUGGUGUCAAACAGACAGAUGUGAGAGAAAAGAAAACCAGCAGGUAAUAAACACUUCUGCUGUAUGUACAGAGUAUGUGAUGUAUAUGGUAUAUUCCAUC